AUGAGUCGUUUCAUGUGCUGUUUCGGAGGCGGAAGCUCAAGCAAAGUAGUGCAAGAUCCAGAGGAACUGCCGGAGCCAACUAGCGACGAAGAAGGUUUCGUUCAAUUUCAAUGGAAUGAGAUCGUAGAAGGAACCGAGAACUUCGCUAUAACACAUUUGAUCGGCCGUGGCAGAGUCGGCAAAGUUUAUCGCUGCAAUUUCCCAAGAAUUCAUAAGGUUGGAGCUGCAAAGUUUCAUGAUCAUGGGAUUCAUGGCGACUUUGCUAGUCUUGGUGAGUUCGUGGCAGAGGUUUUAACGUUACGUGAAGCUGAUCACCCGAAUGUGAUUAAACUUCUCGGCGAACACUGCGGCCAUGAAAAUACUAUUCUUGUCUACCAAUUCAUGCCUAAUGGCUCUCUUGACCACCAUCUCUUUGCAAAUGCGAGGCAAGUUCAGGGUCUAACGCAACCAACUCGGGUUUUGGAUUGGGACACGAGGAUGAGAAUUGCUGUGGGUGUAGCCGAAGGUCUGGUUUACGUACACCAGGGGCUUUCCUCGAUUCACAGAGAUGUCAAUGCCACAAACAUUGUGCUUGACGACAAUUUUGUCCCGAAGCUGACUGGUUUUGGAACCGCGGCUAAGAUCGCUUACGAUGAAGCCGGUGUUGAGAUGCAGAGUCGGGUCAAUAAUAUAAAUGGAACUGAAGGAUACCUCGCACCGGAAACAGAGAACUUCGGGUUGGUUUCGACCAAGUCCGAUGUCUAUAGCUAUGGAGUUUUUCUGUUAGAGCUUUUCACAGGCAUGAAAGCUUAUGAUCGGGAGAGACCUGACGCGGGAGAGAAACUCACUGAUUGGUUAAUGCCACUGUUGAGUCUGAUAACUAGAUUGGAGGAAUCGCCUGUUGUAGUUGAUGUUGCGCUCGGUAUAAAGUACUCGGCUGAAGGUUCAAACAUAAUAUUUGAAACUGCGAGGAAGUGUUUAAACGCGCUGCCACUUGAACGGCCUGCAAUGGAUUCUGUGGAAACAUCGGUUCGUGAAGCUGCAGCUUACCUGGUCCCAGAGGAGCAGCCCCAGUGA